AUGGGUUCAGGUUUAUCUACAGAAAGUCCAUCACAAAGCGAUGAUCGGAACAGCGCGUUUUAUUCCGCUUGUAAAAAUGGUGAUAUCAUAGCUGUUAAAGAAAUGUUACCAAAUCUAACUUAUGAUCAAGUUAAUCAAAUUGAACCGAAUGGAAGUACAGCGUUACAUGCAGCAAGUGCUAAUAAUCAUCCUCAUAUUGUUCGCCUUUUAUUAUCGAGUUGUUGCUCAAGAAUAACCGUAAAUAACUGUGGUGUCACUGCUUAUGAAGAAGCAGCUACUGACGAGAUCAAAACAUUAUUUCAUCGUACAACCCCAGAUAGAUUUGUCGAAGAAAAUAUGACAAAUUCGUUUACACUUCUCACUUCUAGUGAUGUGGACAAUGGAACUGAAAACAAUAUACCAGAUAAUUGGGUUAGAGGGCAUACCUCUGCAGAUUCAGCGCAUGAAGCAAAAUUUAUAAUUGCUAUGGCAAAUACAAGAAAUCCUCUGUAUAACUCAAUAAAAGCUGACGCAGAAAAGAAGAGUACUAAAAGCAUUCAUCAGUUAGCAUCUCAAGCAGUUUCUUCUCAACCUAAAGACAGUUCUGCAGUAAAUAAAUUAUUGAAAAAUUUUACAAGUAGAAAGGGUAUCAGACAUUUAUUAACGAUGUAUACUUUGGAAACACCCAUCUAUAGAAAAUUACAAAAUGAACCUGAUUCACUUUCGAUUUUGGUUUAUUUUCACUUAAGUGAGUUACGAGGUCGUGCUUUUCAAGGUCAGUUAUAUAGAGGUGCAAAAAUGACGCAGGAUGAUAUUAAAGCAUACCAGUGGGCAAUUAAAAACAAAGAUUAUGUUCUCGAAACUCGCACAUUUCAGUCAACAUCAAUUGAAGAAUCCGUUGCACAAAGUUUUGCGCAAAUAAAAUGCGACGACAUAGAUCAACAGCAUCCUAAAUUGUCGGUUAUAUUAACGUUAGUUUUUCCAGAAAAAUGUCCAACAGCAAUUAAUUUAACAAAAAUUUCUGAUACUUUACCUCUUUUAUCUGAAUUUGAAGAUGAAAAAGAAGUACUAAUAUUACCAUUUACUUUAUUUUCAGUGAAAGAAAUGAAGAUUGAUUCUCAAACUAAACAAUACCGUAUUACAUUAAUAAAUGUACCAACACCUAAAACAUCAUUAUCUUACGCUGCGAAAUUGAGCUUCAUUUUAAUAAUUCGUCACAUAUCAAAUAGUUUGCAGCCACAUUCAUGGAUUCUACGGAACGUGAUACUGAAGUCCGUAAAACACAUCAUUAUUGCUUCUAUAAUUUUAAUAAUCGUAUCAUCUGUGCCAUGGACUUCUCUCAUUAUUGGAAUUUUGAAUAUCAAUCAAUGUUCAGCUCAGCGUAUGAUACCAAUUUGGUUAAUUGUUGUAGGAGUAACGACAAUUGUCCUUUUCUAUUAUUGGAUGCUAUAUCUUAUAUGUGGUAUUUGGUGUUGCCCUAGAAUAGAUGACGUUAAACAAAUUUAUAUACAUUUAGCUGCUGUGUUUUGCAUCACAUUCAUACUUUUCCUAUUCCUCUGCGCAUGGAUGAUCGCUGGUUGUGUUUGGAUAUUUACUAUUAAGUCUUCUGUGAAUUUUUCUGACCCAACUUCAAAUAAUUAUUGUCACUCUUUAACUUAUAAUUUUUCAUUUGGUCUUGUCAUUACACAACUUAGCCUUGCUGGAUUAGUUUGCUGUCUUAACUGCUGUGUUCUAAUGAUUUAUAUGUGUUCUAGUGCUUCAGAUUGA